AGUAGUUAUGCUCAAAAACCAGAAAAAUGUUUAAAAAAAGACGAUGUCUGCAAAUUGCAAAUACCCGUUGUAAGCCAGAAUUCUCCUGGUUGGGGCCGUCCCAGUUCAAUUUGACAUCAAACUCAGGAAGCCCCCCAGCACCAUCCAUCCGAUACCCCACACACGUGACACGCUUGCGUCGUCGGUUUUAAUACCUACCUGAAUAGGGCGCAGUACAACCGUUACAGGUAAGUUUCUCUCCGCAUUCGCACGAAACCUACCGCCUGAAUCCUUAAAAGCAAAGGCAAAAGGAAAAGCAAAAUCAAAAUCAAAACGUACAAAAAGAAGACAUCAUUUUCUGAUAGCUUUUCUCACAAAAACACCCCAAAUCUCGUGUUCCUUUUCUUCUUCUUUUUGAGUAAAAUCUCUUUAAUUUCUGCAACCCACCAACACAUUCCUUCUUCAUCAAUGGCUUCCAAUGGGAAAUAUGGGUCUCCCUCUUAUGCGCCCUCUGCCCCAUCCCUGCCUGAGUCCUACGGGCAGCAGUACUCUCAGGGUAGUGGCGGCUCCUAUGGUCACGGGCAGCAGCACUCUCAGGGCAAUGGCGGCUCCUAUAGUUACGGGCAGCAGCACUCUCAGGGCAAUGGCGGCUCCUAUAGCUACGGGCAGCAGCAGGGGCCUUCUUCAUACGGGCACUCUGGUUUUCCUCCGGGAACAGACCCAGCUGUGAUUAGCAGCUUUCAGAUGGUCGAUAGGGACAGGAGUGGUUUUAUUGAUGAGAAUGAGCUGCAGCAAGCUCUUUCUUCUGGGUACCAGAAAUUUAGCCUCAGGACCAUUCGCUUGCUCAUCUUUCUCUUCAAAAGCCCCAAUGAUCCUCUCCGAGUUGGCCCCAAAGAGUUUGCUGCACUCUGGACUUGUCUUGGUCAAUGGCGAGGCAUAUUUGAGAGAUAUGACAAAGAUAGGAGUGGGAAAAUUGAUUUGAUGGAACUGAGGGAUGCACUCUACAGUCUAGGCCUUGCCAUCCCCCCUUCUGUUCUUCAACUUUUGAUUUCCAAGUAUGAUGAUGGAAGUGGGAGAAGGGUUGAACUCAAUUUCGAUAGUUUUGUGGAAUGCGGGAUGAUUGUGAAGGGUUUGACUGAUAAGUUCAAAGAGAAAGAUCUGCGGUAUACCGGUUCAGCAACAAUUAAUUAUGAUACAUUCAUGUCUAUGGUCAUCCCAUUUCUUGUGUCAUAUAAUUGAUUUGGUCUUGCUCUUUGUAAAUAUAUAGUUUGUAAAGAAAUUUGUAUUGCAUUGUUUUGUAUUUGCCUAGUGAAACUUGUGAUCUGUGUAGGGGUACCUUUUGGGUAAGAAUUUUCCUGUGGGCAAUGCGUUUGGGCUAUUUUUCAGGAUAAAGAGAUGACUGGAUAUUGAUAUCGAUGACUUAAUUUAAGAAGACAAGAUGUGGAUAGUGACAUUUUCCAAUAAAGAUAUUACUGGAUAUUGAUA